AUGGGUGGCAAUGAAGAAGCUAGCAAUGAAAUAGCCCGUAAGUUCCGCUUCUUGACAGCAUACAAAGAUGGCCGGGUCGAAAUACACUACCCGACCCAAAAAGUCCCUCCAUCUAAUGACCCAAAUACCGGGGUGCAAUCCAAAGAUGUUAUAAUUUCAACAGAACCACCUGUAUCCGCCCGAAUAUUCUUACCCAAGAUCCAUGACCCGACCCAAAAAGUCCCAGUUCUCUACUACAUUCAUGGUGGUGGUUUUUGCUUUGAGUCUGCCUUCUCACCACUCUUUCACGGCCAUUUAAUGACAUUGGUUGCUGAAGCCAAUGUCAUUGCCGUGUCGCUUGAGUACGGGCUAUGGCCGGAGAGGCCCUUACCCGGAAGUUAUAUAGAUUCAUGGGUGGGGCUCCAAUGGAUAGCAUCACAUGCCAACGGAAGUGGUCCUGAGCCGUGGUUGAAUGACCACGCGGAUUUGAGUAGGUUUUUUAUGGGUGGGGAUAGUGGUGGAGCUAAUAUGUCUAAUUUCUUGGCGGUUCAUAUCGGGUCAUACGGGUUACCCGGGGUGAGGUUUAUCGGAAUGAUUAUGGUGCACCCAUUUUUUGGUGGUAUGGAGGAUGAUGAAAUGUGGAUGUCUAUGUAUCCAACGAAUUGUGGGAAGCAAGAUCCGAAGCUAAAACCACCAGCAGAAGAUUUGGCCAAGUUAGGGUGCAAGAAGGUGUUAAUAUUUUUAGCUGAGAAGGAUCAUCUAAGAGAAGUGGGUGGGAUCUUUUGUGAGGACCUGAAAAAAAGUCGGUAUAAAGGGGCUGUGGAAGUUGUGGAACAUGAAGGAGUGGCACAUGAGUUCCAUCUUUUCGAUCCCGCUAGUGACAAGUCUAGAAGUUUGGUAAAAAAAUUUGCUUCUUUUCUCAAUGAAGUGUAG